UCAAAGAACACAGUCAGGUAUAUUCACGACUAGCUCUCGAGUCCAGAGAUUCAUGCCAGUAUGUGAACGGCCAAGAUAGGAGGCCGAGACAGCACGCACGGCAAAGUCUCGACACUGACCGCAAGCUCGGCGUCCAUUACAAGGUGAACGACUCGUUGAAUUCUAAACAAUUCGACGACAUCCACAUCAUCAAACGCGCGACUAAAAAUGUCGACCUCUACCGCACAACAAGCUACUACACCCACCUACUGCAAGGGCUGUAGGGGCACCUUCCCCCUACCAGACUUCAACAAGUACCUGCCUGCUGACGUCGAGGGUGCUCCUACCGGCCGUACAAUGGGCACCUGCAAGAAGUGCAGAAAGAGGGCCGCUACAGCCAAUGCCGCCGCCGCCGCUUCCAAGAAGAAGGAGAAGAAGAACAAGAGCAAGAACAAGCGCGAGACUAGCGAGGCUAGUGACGAUGUCGCCGCCGAGCCCGAAGUGGCCGAAAUGUCUACCGCCGAGGUAGAGGAGGCUGCCGAUCGCAUAGUCGCCCUCGGCCUCGAAGCCUUCGCCCUCGACGACAGCUCCUAAGUCUUCGUUAGAGCCCAGACGAUCAAUUGUAUUUCUACGCCUAGUA